GUGACAGCCUCACAAAUACCCCACCUACCUUGAAACAAACUAAACUCAGCCAAUGAACCUGUACUGAAAAAGAAAAAACUCAUCACUUAAUCGGGAACCCAAACCUCAACAUACAAAAUAAAACUCAAAAAACAGAUCAAUGUCCAUAUCCAUGGCCUCAUUUUCUCCGCCUCCUACCUCCUUCUCUGUCAAACCCCAUUUCACUCACAAACCAACUCCUUUUUUCCGUCUUAAGAGACCCUUUCUUCUCCUUUCCUCUCUCAAGUCUUUACCAGACAAUGGAGCUGGGGUUUCAGCUUCACUUGCUGCUGCUGAAGACCCAAGCCCCAAGCAGAAAGACCUGGUACUUGAAAAGGCCAUGGAGGGUUCUGCUGGGCCUAACGGGGUGGCUACGAGCACAGAAGUUGAGGCUUUGAGCAAGUUUGAGGAUCCUAGGUGGAUUGGAGGAACUUGGGACUUGAAACAGUUCCAGAAAAAUGGGAGCACUGAUUGGGAUGCUGUUAUUGAUGCUGAGGUGAGGAGGAGAAAAUGGCUCCAGGAUAAUCCGGAAACUACCAGUAAUGAUGACCCUGUAGUGUUUGACACUUCCAUCAUACCUUGGUGGGCGUGGAUGAAGAGGUUCCAUCUACCUGAAGCUGAAUUGCUUAAUGGUCGUGCAGCAAUGAUAGGGUUCUUCAUGGCAUAUCUGGUUGAUAGCUUGACUGGAUUAGGUCUGGUUGACCAAAUGGGCAACUUCUUUUGCAAGACACUAUUGUUUGUAGCUGUUGUGGGAGUUCUUUUAAUCAGGAAGAAUGAAGAUUUAGAUAACAUCAAGCAGCUGAUUGAAGAGACAACCUUUUAUGACAAGCAAUGGCAAGCAACUUGGCUGGAUGAUACCAGUUCCAAUAAUAACUAGUUGAAUUGCUGUUUUUUGUCCUUUUAACAAUUCAUGUAUUUUUUUCACCUCUGCUGUGGUAGUGUUGUAGUUUCACCCUGCUGUUGUGAGUAUGAUUUUAGCGUCGAUGAAAUGCUUAGAAUAUGAAGAUUCUGUUAAUGCUUUGACAUCUGAAUGACAUGCUGCAACUCUUU